GUUCGGCCUUCGUCAAAUCCAAUUCAAGAUGUCAGCCCCCUGUGGUGGAAAGCAGUGUAGAAUUGGUCCAUCAAUUCUUAAUUCAGAUCUAUCUAAGUUAGCUUCAGAAUGUCAGAGACUGAUGGACAGUGGUGCAGACUAUCUGCAUCUCGAUGUUAUGGAUGGGCAUUUCGUCCCCAACUUAACGUUUGGACACCCUGUUGUUAAAUGCCUUCGACCAAAGGUGCCCGGAGUGUUUUUCGAUAUGCAUAUGAUGGUUCAAAACCCAGAGCAGUGGGUUCAGAAUAUGGCAGAUGCAGGAGCAAAUCAGUACACAUUCCAUUAUGAGGCAACAGAUGAUCCUACUGGAUGUAUAAGGAAGAUCAGAGAAGCUGGAAUGAAGGUUGGUGUUGGUAUAAAACCAAAGACAGCAGUGGAUGUGUUAGUGCCAUUAAUAGACCUAGUAGAUAUGGCUCUUAUAAUGACAGUGGAACCAGGAUUUGGAGGCCAGAAGUUUAUGGCAGACAUGAUGCCAAAGGUUUCUUUUCUGAGAGAGAGGUACAGCGAUUUGGAGAUUGAGGUAGAUGGGGGUGUCGGACCAUCAACAAUUCAGUAUUGUGCUGAUGCUGGUGCUACAAUGAUUGUAUCAGGGAGUGCUAUUAUCAACAGUGACAAUCCAAAAGAGACUAUAACUUACAUGAGGGAUAUUGUUAAUCAGUCCAUACAGAAGACUUCUUCCAAGAGUUAACAAAGAGCUGGUUCUAAGAGUUAUAUGUAUACUGUGUAGAAGUUAUUCUGUACACCAACUUUUGUCUCAUUGGCUAGUGAUUAUUUUGUAUUGAAACACCUGAUGUGUAAUAUUUAUGAAUAUAUUCAAUUCAAAUCUUUAGGAUAUUUUUUUUAUAAAGAAUCUCUAAACCCAGUAAGGAAUUUUAAAUUGAUUCUUUCUCGGGUAUAAUUACUGGCAUUGUCUCGGAGUGUAUUAUUUAUAUACAAUGUAAUUAUGGUUCUAUUAUUUCCUGCUAUUAAUCUCAUACAAAAAAUUAAAAUUUAGAGAUAAUUAAUUCCUUCAGUCUAUAGUGAAAA